AAAGAGAAGUCAGAAACAGUGGAGACAUGAUGUUGGGAAAAGGAAAGAUGAAGGCGGAGACGGUGACUCUGAUUCUGGUGAAUCUUGCCGGGAUUAUGGAGAGGGCAGACGAGUCUUUGCUGCCGGGUGUGUACAAAGAGGUCGGUGCGGCGCUUCACGCCGGCCCAACGGGCCUGGGCUCUCUCACUCUCUUCAGGUCCAUAGUACAGUCAGCGUGCUACCCUGUCGCCGCCUACCUGGCCAUGCGCCACAACCGCGCCCACGUCAUCGCCCUCGGUGCCUUCCUCUGGGCCGCCGCCACUUUCCUCGUUGCCUUCUCCUCCACUUUCUUUCAGGUGGCCAUAUCUAGAGGUUUAAAUGGGAUUGGCCUUGCACUAGUUGCACCUGCAAUCCAGUCACUUGUAGCCGACUCAACUCAUGACAGCAACCGUGGUAUGGCUUUUGGAUGGCUUCAACUAACAGGCAACCUUGGUUCAAUUAUUGGUGGACUUUGUUCGGUAUUGAUAGCUCCAAUAACAUUCAUGGGAAUCGCUGGUUGGAGAUUGUCCUUUCAUAUUGUUGGAGUAAUCAGCGUUAUAGUAGGGAUUUUGGUCCGUCUUUAUGCCCAUGAUCCACACUUUUCAGAUAGUGGUACAGUAGCUAGAGAUCCAGUUCCAAGCAAAUCUUUCAGGUCAGAAGUGAAGGACCUGAUUCAAGAAGCAAAAUCAGUUAUUAAGAUUCCAUCUUUCCAGAUUAUUGUGGCACAGGGGGUCACCGGUUCAUUCCCCUGGUCAGCUCUGUCAUUUUCAGCCAUGUGGUUAGAGCUCACCGGCUUCUCCCAUGAGAAAACUGCGUUCCUCAUUGCACUGUUUGUGAUUGCUAGUUCCCUUGGGGGCCUAUUUGGUGGCACAAUGGGAGAUAUCCUUUCCACUCGCCUCCCAAAUUCUGGAAGGAUAAUUCUAGCACAGAUAAGCUCAGCAUCGGCUAUCCCUCUAGCAGCAAUACUUCUCCUGGCUUUACCCAAUGAUCCAUCUACAGCAGUGGUCCAUGGUUUGCUCAUGUUCAUCGUUGGCUUCUUCAUAUCCUGGAAUGCUCCUGCUGCAAACAAUCCAAUUUUUGCAGAGAUAGUUCCUGAGAAAUCCCGAACAAGUGUCUAUGCUUUGGAUCGUUCUUUCGAGUCGAUACUAUCAUCAUUUGCUCCCCCUAUAGUUGGGAUAUUGGCUCAACAUGUUUAUGGUUAUAAGCCAGUCUCCAGAGGAUCCAGUGAAUCCGAAGAGAUUGCGACAGAUAGAGGGAAUGCUGCAUCGUUGUCCAAGGCACUCUACACAGCAAUAGGAAUUCCAAUGGCUCUGUGUUGUCUCUUCUAUUCGUUUCUCUAUCGCACCUACCCGAGAGACCGGGAACGUGCCAAGAUGGAAUUUCUGAUAGAAUCAGAGAUGCAACAAAUGGAGCUGGAUGAUUCACCCAGAGGCGGAGAGUUUGAUCUUGAUGACGAAGAGAAUAUAUUGCUUUACCGCCAGUUGACAUUCUCCAAUUUAGGGGAAUAGUAAUCCCAAAAGCCAGAAGCUGACCUAACCAAAGGCAGCAUUCCAUUGAAGAAGCUCACCUCAUGGGAAAUUUCAAAGCGUUUGGUAGGUAUUAAUCAGAGGAGAACUUUUCAGCAUUGUUUAUGAGUGUACCAUAUUAUACGGAAGCCACAUACACAUCAUCUUCUGAUAUUCUUCAGCCUGAAAGAAAUGUAGUCGACAAGAACUCAUUGAAAGGUUUAAGACUAUUGAAUGGGGCCUUCGGUUUUGUUUGCCA